AUGAAACCAUAUGAGUAUGGAUUUCGUGUGUUCUUUCUGACUUUCUGCUAUGUCACGGUCUCUGGGUACAACACGGGAAAAUUCACCGCUACGGCUAUAAGUAGAUUUCUGUUGAUCGCUCUUGGUGCUGCUGUCAGUCUCGGCAUCAACAUAGGCAUACACCCAAUCUGGGCAGCAGAGGAUCUGCACACGCUGGUGGCCAAGAAUUUUUCUGGUGUUGCAAAAUCUUUAGAAGGAUGUGUUGAUGGAUAUCUGACCUGCAUGGAAUAUGAAAGGAUUCCAUCCAAGAUACUCACAUACGAAGCAUCUGAUGAUGAUCCUGUCUAUAGCGGGUACAGGGAAGCUGUUGAGGCAUCAACACAGGAGGAAGCCUUGUUAGGAUUUGCUAUAUGGGAGCCACCGCAUGGACCUUACAAGAUGAUGAAAUAUCCAUGGAAGAACUACACCAAAGUUGGUGGUGCGUUGAGGCAUUGCUCAUUCUCUGUCAUGGCAUUGCAUGGGUGCAUACUUUCAGAGAUUCAGGCACCACCGGAGAGCAGAAAGGUUUUCUGUGCAGAGCUUCAUAGAGUGGGCCAAGAAGGUGCUAAAGUGCUGCGCGAACUUGGGCAGACAGUCAAGACGAUGACCAAACUGAGCUCUCCAAACAUUCUUUCAGAAGUGCACUUUGCAGCUGAAGAGCUGCAAAAGAAGAUUGAUGAGAAGUCUUACCUUCUCGUCAAUACAGAAAGAUGGGAAGUCAUUCCAAGGCAUGCCGGAACUGCACAAACUCAUGAUGGUGCCAAUGCUGCUGACAAGGAUGAACCACCCGAGAACACCGCUGUCGAUUCAAUGCACAUAUCAAACAGCUACGCUUCAAACCCGUUCCUGAGCAGAUUCGAUUCUUCAAAUCCGCUUCCAUUUGAAAGUGGGGAAUCAAGAACUUACAAGAGCGCAAGCGCCUUGUCGCUGGCCACAUUCGCAUCGCUCCUCAUUGAGUUUGUUGCCCGGCUCCAGAAUCUUGUUGAUGCAUUUGAGGAGUUGAGUGACAAAGCUAACUUCAAGGACCCUGUGGAGGAACCUUCGACAAUCAGCAGGGAGCCUCCUGGGGUUUUAGCUAGAAUACAUGACUUUUUCGGUUGA